AUGAUCUUACGAAGAACAAAGUCAACAGGGGAGGUUACCCCUCGUUCGACUUCUGACCGAGAAGGGAGCUACCAAGAAAACCCAAUCCUCCCACUUGGCGUAGAUCUUGACGUUGGCCUCAGCGUUGCCAGUGCGGCUGGCGGCGGUGUUUGGGUCGGCGCCGGGGAAUUAAGCGACAGUGUUGAUGUCGGAAGUAUUGAUGAUAGCUUUAGAGAUAAAGGAGGAUUUGGAGGAGCCGGUGCCGGAGGGCUAGGAUGUUUUGAAGGAAAAGGAAUCCUGCUUCCAUUAGUAGCCGCGGCUUUUGCAGAGCCUCAGGGCUAUAAUCUGGGUGCACUCUCACAUGGAGUGUCUAUAAAUGGUGGUGCAGGUGGAAGUGGAAUUGUUGGAGCAGGUGGAAUAGGAGGUAGUGGCCCUCUAGAUGGCCAAAUUCUACACGUUGAUGGAUCUUGUGUGACUCCAGACAAGAACUACCAAGAAGGAGAAAACCAAGCCCUCUUAGAUAGACUGAGCUGCGCCAGUGCUGCUGGCGGUGACGUCAUAGGAGAUGGAGCUGUCGGGGUUGGUGACGGAGGAUUAGGCGACGGUGUUGGAGACGGAGGAGAUUUUGGCGGCAAGGUAGGAUUCGGAGGAGCUGGUGCUGGAGGUAAUGGAGGAUACGGAGGAGCUGGAGUAGGAGUUGUAGGAGGGAAUGGCGGAAGUGGUGGCUUCAGUGUCAAUGGCGGUAGUCCGUCUAGCCUGUACACUAAUCCUUAUGAUAUUAAAGCUUAUAUGUAG